AUUUAAUGAGUGAUAUAUUAAUAGAUGAUCGUAUUAGAGACUGGGUGUUCUUGCCAAUAAUAAUAGUGAUGUUUAUGAUUCAAAUGUUUAGAGGAUUAUUAACAAAAUAUAUGGAUAAUAGGAAAACAGCGCAAAAAGUAACAUCAAAAGCUUAAGUUGCUGAGAUGAUUGAUAAGUACAUAGAGUAGACAACAUAAUUAGAAAUAUAACUUAAUAAUCAUAAAGAUUAGCUAGACUACAUGGACUAUUACCGGAUUAAUCAUUUAAAAUGAAAAGAGCUUAUUUAUGUGAUCAUGAAUAAGGAAUAUUAACAAAAGCAAGUUAAAAGCCAGCAAAAGAUCCAAUGUAAUCAAUGUCAAUGAUGAAUCCAGUAGCUAUGGCAGAUAUGCUAAAAUAGAAUUUAAGUGGAAUAGUAUUUAUGGCAUUACAAUAUUAAUGGGUUUCUUAUUUUUUUUCUGGUUUUGUGAUUGGUAAGGUUCCAUUUCCUUUGACUUAAAAAUUUAGAACAAUGUUGUAAAGAGGAGUAGAUGUUCAAAAUUUAGAUGUUAGAUAUAUUAGUAGUAUCAGUAUAUACUUUGUAUUGUUAUUUGGUGGUUUAUAAAAGAUUUAAUAAUUAAUGUUCGGUGACGAUACUGAUGAAUUUGUUGAUGGUAACAAAUAUUAAGUGAUUAUUAUAUUUAGAUACUUAAAUGUAAAUGUAAAUGUAAAUGAUGGGAAUGCCAACAAUGCCAUCAUUUGGAUAAUAAAAUGAUCCAGGAAAAUUGUUUAUAGCUGAAAGAAGUAAUAAUUAUUAUUAAUUAAUUAGCUCGUUUAGAGGGAGUUAAACAUACAUUUGAAUUAAAUAAAUCAUCAGAUAAAGCUUUGAAAUCAUUAAAGAGAUUUUUAAUAUAAUGAGUACAA